AUGGCUGGUCCAAACAAAUCUCUCAUCCUCGACCCUGCUCUGCAGAAGUACUACGAACUCAACGCAAACCGCUACAAAUACUUCAAAUGGACCCCGCGAAACGCCUGGUUGACUCUGCUCUACGUCGGCAUUGUGCCUAGCAUUAUCGGCUAUGUUGCCUACAGCACUGAUGGAAAAUAUGACUUACGCGGAAAGAGACGAGGUGAUACUAUCGCUGAGUGGUAG